AUCCAAACAUGACCGUAUCAGCGUGCAUGCCCCCAGCCUGUUCUCAUGAUUUUGUGGACGUCGACUUCAAUAUUGCACAGCUAUUCAAUCUACUUGCAGGAGGAUUAUUAGAGUAGAUCAGGCAAAGACAGAUAGUCCGACUACGACGAUAAAUGCAAGGGAUCACUGAUCAAUCGCAGUUUAUUUGAGUCUCUGUCAGCCGCCAAGAGUAUUAUGAUGUCAUCUCCGACGUCAGACGAGUUGGAUAUACUAAGAUGGUUCAAAGAUGAGCUCCAAUGUCAAAUAUGUAACAACCUUCUCUCCAAUCCGAAGUCUCUGAACUGCUUCCAUCUCUUCUGUUUUGAGUGCAUCGAAAAGAAGGUUUCAGAUCUUGAACUAAGUCGUGAUGAUCCCAGUCAGAAACUGAGUCUAUGUUGCCCAUCUUGCAACACUGUUACUUUAGUUGAUGGUUCUGAGAGUUUGUCCAAACUCACUACCAAAUCAUCCGUUACACGGUUACUGGAGAGUUUACACAGUCUAGGUCUGAUCAACCAAGACAGACUGACUGAAAGAUUGUCAGGGUCUGAAGAUAAUUUUCAACAGUUCUCGACGAUAGCAUCUUCAGGUAUCACUUCGAUUGAUUCAAGUGAUCUUCCAAGCUUUGUCACUUCUGUAGGUAGCCAGUCGUCGAUAUCUUCAAGGGGAAAAUCGUUGGAUGAUUUGAUAGCGUCAUCACUUUCUGAUCAUGGAGACCCACUAGUAUCAGCUGCUACUUCUUGUGGUUCAAUAAGAUCUUUGAGGUCAUCUGGGUUUCAGUGUAAAUCUCCAGUCGUGCCAAAUCAAAUCCAGAUACGACAAACAAGCUAUGAUUCAGAUAUAAAUGCGAGUUUAGCAAUCAGCAGUGAAGGAAAUACAGUAACUACCAAAUCUUCUGCAGCAGAAGAUGUUACAUCUGGUGGAACAUCCUCUGGAUAUGCAUUGUCGGAUAGUGAUUCAAAGAUUGAACCCAUGAACAUGAACAUCAAGAUGGAGAGACGUUGUUCAGUGCAUUCUGCUUUACUUUUAACAGUUUACUGCUUGACAUGCAAGAUGGCCAUUUGUCAAAGGUGUGAAGAGGAAGGGCAUCAUGAGCAUGAAACUGAUGACCUCCAAGCUCAAGCAGAUCUUCUAAGGUGUAAGCUAAUCACAAUGAUUCAAGCCGCAACCGAAGGACUGAAAACAGUAGGCAAAGCACAAAAGACAUUAGGGUCCCAACGCAUAUUUGACAAUAAUGCAUUAGCUAACCAACUGAACUUAAUGGAAGAUCAGAUAAAGGCCAAUGCCCAGGCUAUGAUUGCGCAAAUCGAGAAGGAUACUGAUCUGCUUUUAGAUCAGGUAACACGACUCCGAAGGGCCUCCAACAUUGAUGUGCUUAAGAAUCUUGAAAAGGAGAUGAGAACAGGAAGACACAUCGCAAAAAUUGUCAAACACCAAGGGGAUGAUGUCGAUGUCGUGAACACAUCAAGAGCUAUCUGUAAGAAGAUGAAGAAGGCAAGUGGUAUAUGUGCAAGCGGAGGGGCUAUUGAUAGGAUAGAAGAUCUGUCAGUUAGGUUUUCUGGUAACAAGAGUACAGAACUUGUGGUUGGACGACUCCAGGAGAACACUGAAUGGAAAUUGUCCCGUCAACUUCCUAUCCCAUUUGACAAACGAGGCUGCAUGCAGGGUAUGGUAUCCCUACGGGAUGGACGGUUGGCAGUAGGGUAUGAAACAGGUGGUAUUGAUAUCUUCACCACCAUGGGAAAGCAAGAUGGGCCACUUUCCAGAAUCCUUGAAGAAGUGAAGUUGGUAGACCUGGCACCGACGUUGGACGGCACGAUCAUCGUGUACCCCAUGUUUGGUGAGAUCACAGAAGUGACACCUGAUGGAAAGGAACGACUGGCUAAGUUUGCUGCUCCUUCAUCCGUGGAGCAUGUAUCCAUGUCAGCAAGUAUUGAUGGACGGAUAUUCUUAGGGUACGCUGAACAUGGUAAAAUCCAUCAGUUCCAGCAGAGUGGAGGAAACCCUCUGAGGAGUAUCUCGAUGGGCGGUUGUCGACCUCAGCAGAUUGACGUCACCACAUCAGGAAAGGUCGUGAUGAAAGACAAGACCGGUAUCAAGGUUCUAGACCUAACCACAAAUGCUACAACUGAGAUCUUCAAGGCUGGCAGAGGACAGUUUGCCUAUUCCACCUGUGAUGUCAACGAGCAUGUCUACGUUGCAAAUGUUUCGGCUUUAGGGCACGAGAGUAAGGCAUCCAUCGAUAAAUACGCCCUUGAUGGAACAUUUCUGGAAACAGUCUCAAGAGAUUGCAGAAUUGCCAGGAAUAUAUCAGAUGCUCAUUGGUUGAGACUUACAUCGCUGUCGCCUUUUAAACUUGCUGUUUGCGACGGCUCCUUUAUAUCUAUCUACCAGCGGCAACCAAGCAUAUUUGAUCUGGCAAAUGAUCUAGGACUCUGACAUCAUUACCAUGCAUACGGCAGCAUACUUUUCGAAAGUAUUUUGUUUGGUAUGCAUUUUCUUAUUAUGAUAUCAAGACAUGUAUAUGUUUGAUGAGGAGACAUGUGCAAGUUCAUGCAUUUUAAAUGAAGAACGACUUUGGUGUAUACCAAUUAAUUUAGGGCAUUAAAGCUGAUAUAAACUAUAAACACAAUUAAUUUUCAUUUACAUAAGAAUAAUGUAUAUGAAUUCCAAAACUAUUUUGAUGAAGAGAAACAUAGGUCUAUACAUUAUAAAAGCAGGAAUUGUAACAUGAUAGACAGCAUCAGUUCAAUGCAUGUUUGUUUACAAGACAUUUAGGAUCCAUCAUAGUUCGGUUUGCCGUAACCAUGGGUUAUAUUCCAUAUCGAGUGCAAGUACAAAAUGGUAAGAAUGAAAAGUUUCAGAUGAUUCAAUUUUCUAACCAUCUAAAGCUUUGGUAAAUGGUAAACUGUUAAGACGAUUGAAUAUGUAUUUUAAUUUGUAUUAAAUACUUCGAGGAGAGACGCAUUAUGAUAACAAGAGUGAAUCUGAAUAACCCUAACCUUUGGGCUAACGAUCUCAUGAUGACAUGUAUAUUCUUGAAUUAUGAUAUACUUAUCAUUUUUGAUUAAUCAUUUUUUCAUAAAAUAAAUUAUC